AUGGCACAUCAAUUCAGUGAGAUAAAUGGGGCAACAAUGACGCUAGCUUAUGGAAAUAAUGAGCAAUGGCAGUUCACAAAUGGCGAGAAGUGGCCGGCUUCUGGGAUAAUGAGCAAUGGCCGGCCGAUUGAUGGUCGGCCGACUAAGUGCUAUUUCAUGACUUGUGCCUCUGUCGAUUACUGGGAUGUUGUAUUUCCACGUCUUUUUGCUUUGAAGGGAUUUUCUUUAAUCUCUCUUCAUGGAAAGAUGAAGCAGGCUGCAAGAGAAAAAGCAUUAGCAUCUUUCACAUCACUUUCUAGUGGCGUUCUUCUUUGCACGGAUGUAGCAGCUCGUGGACAUGACAUUCCUGGCGUUGACUGUACAGUACAGGACCCAAAUGUGUUUGUACACAGAGUUGGUCGAACUGCUAGGAUGGGACGACAAGGAAGUGCCAUUGUUUUCCUGAUGCCAAAGGCAUUCAUUGUUGACUUUUUCCCAUGCUAUAAUAGUAGAAGGGGCAGAAAUGAUGUAUCAAGACACCAAACACAGCAAGCAUGUACCCAUGUAACAGCUCAUUCCAUUCCUUAUGACGAUGUGGAAUACCUAGUUUCUGAUCUUGAAAGGCCUUAUGCCACAAGUCAUUCUACUUUUUCACUUCCUCAAGGACCAUUAUCACAGUGGAAGGAACUUGAAAUUGGGAAGUUGGGCAUGGGGUUUGGCUUAUUGCAGCUCCCUUCUGUACCUGAGGUAAAGCAUUACUCUCUUUCUACCGAGGGUUUUGUUCCGAUUGAAGAUAUAAACCUGGAGGAGAUCAAGUACAGAGUUAAUUUUUUAUCUAGGGAUAAAUCUCGUGAGAAACAAAGAAAGAAGAACUUAGAAGCCAAGAGAGCUGGAAAAGAGCAAGAACAAGAACUUCUGAAGUCUAAAGCUGCCUCAAAUGCUAUGCCUGUUGUCGUGAGAAAAAAAAGGGCGAAGCAGAGGCGUGCUUUCCAAUCUGCAGAAGAUGCAGAUGAGUUGGCAUGGGAGUAUCGACUUCUGAAGAAGCUGAAAAAGGGAGCUAUUGAUGAAAAUGAAUAUGCAAAAUUAACUGGAAUGGAAGAUUUACUUUGA